AAACACGAUGGUUAAUUAUGAAAUCUGGUAAAUCUUUGAAGGUAGACUGGAACCGGAGCGGGCAAACCUUCCUGCAAACUCCGAUACCCAUCUCAUUAUUGGAGCAAGCCAUUCGGCCGAUCAAUAAUUCAAUAGAAUCCGCAAUCGAACGAUGGGGACGACGGGUGGGAGCGACGUGGAGGCGGGAUUCGCCAAGCUACAAGGGGAAGACUUCGAAUACUACAUGCAAACCUACUCCAUAAAGCUCGGCCGUAACUCCAAGAAAUCCACCGUCGACGUCGACUUAGCGAGCCUCGGAGGUGGUAUGAACAUUUCCCGCCACCACGCCCGCAUCUUUUACGACUUCACCCGACGCCGUUUCGCGCUUGAAGUUCUCGGCAAAAACGGCUGCCUCGUCGAAGGUGUCCUCCACCUUCCUGGUAACCCUCCCGUCAAGCUCGAUUCACAAGACCUCCUCCAAAUCGGGGACAAACAGUUUUACUUUCUUCUCCCCGUGAGGAGUAUUCUCGGCGGAGCCCUUGCUCCUAGGCACCAUGUUUCGAUUUACCAGACGGCGGGUGCAGGGCCAGCAGCUGGAGGUGUGCCGCUUUAUGGUCAUCAUGGCGGUGCGGAAAUGGGAAGGACGGUGGGGUCCGUGGCGGGAGCAAAGAAGGGCAGAGGAAGAGAGUAUUAUGAAGAGGAUUACGGGGAGGAAGAAGAUGUUGGGAGUGGUGGGAAGAAGGUUAGGAGGGAGGAUUGGUAUAGUAGGACGGAGGCCGGAUCCGGAGGGAAGGUGGGGUUGGCCGGAGUAUUAGUUCCUGCAGAGAAGAAGGGGGAGGGAAGAUCAAGAGUUGACCGUGAAUCAGAUAAUCAACAACUUAUGCAGUUGGAAGAAAAGGAUGUGGUUUCUUCUGUAGCUACUGUGCUUUCGGAUCUUUGUGGUCCUGGGGAAUGGAUGGCCAUGGAGAAACUCCACACUGAGUUGGUUGAGCAGUUUAGUAAUGUCUGGCAUCAUAGCCGAGUUCGAAGAUAUCUUACAUCCGAGGCCUGGCCUGGUCCUGAAUCCAAGGGGAAACCAUGGUAUGGUCUGCUUAUGUUGUUGAGAAAAUAUCCUGAACACUUUGUCAUCAACACAAGAUCCAAGGGUCGGGUAACGCAGGAGUUCGUCUCUCUUGUAUCUUUACUUUCGUAGAGCAACGGUAACACAAACCGCCAAACAGCGUUCCCUUACAUGGUCAUCUUACAUGACAUGUUUGCGAAGUCGGAAUUUGCGGAGUGUAGUAUAUGAUGAUACUAAUGUUCUUCUCUCUUUAUCUCAUUUUAGAUUCACUCACUUUGAGCUCUGUACUGGGUUGUAUGCAUUUAAGAUGUUUUGGCAAUUUGGCAUCAAUUUGCAUUUAUUAUUUAGCCUUUCUUUGGAUGAA